ACAAUGAUGGAGAGUUGAACAUAAAAGCAUAUACGGGUGUGCCGUUAGUAUAUGUUGCUUCUAAAGACCCACUAAGCCCCUUAAAUAUAGAUGCAGAUAAGAAAAAAUCAACCUGGAAAGAAUUGCAAGAAUUGCAAGACGCUAAUGAAAAGUCUAGUGAAAAUAUACUUGGGGCGGAAAUUAAUGAAAAGCCUAAUGACAAUAUACUUGGGAUGGGUAUUGGAGAAAAAUCUAAUGAUAAUAUACUUGAGGAGGAUGCAUGUAUUUUAUUUCCGAUUGCUGAGGUCACAUAUAGUAGUAAAUAUUUAAAAGAUUUUCAUAAUAUAACCAAUGAUUAUACUGAAUAUGGUCAAUUUUUUGCAAAUAAAUUACUUGUUGGAGGAAAAUUGGUUCUUAAAAACUUUGCUAAUGCAAAACCAAAACAACACGAACAUUUAAAGUCGCAUUUGGUCUGGGCAUUUGAUGCAUCCUGCUCAAACAAGGAGAAUCCAAUAGAAGGGGCAACUAUUUAUGAUUUUCCUAUUAUUGAAACAACGAACGAGGAUAAAAUAAAAACUCCAAAAGACCUAGCUAGGUGGAUGAAACGCUUAUAUGAGGAUAAUGCAGCAGAAAUUAUAUCGUAUGAGGAAGUUGUCCCUAUUUACGCAUUGAUUGAGAAACUUGAAGAUAAGUCUAUUAGAUUUACUAAACGCUUAGUUCCUGGCAUCACGCAUAAGCAUAAAGAGUUUACUCUAAAAGAUUGGACUAAUGACACACCAUCGACAAAUUUACUAACAUGGAUUAAUAAGUUUAAUUUUCAUUAUGGAGUUUUGGUUGACCAAUUUAGAUUUUCAUUUGCUAAAAAGUGUGCUAUAAAUUUUAUUCAAGGACCAAUUGUCACUAAGCUUAAUUUAUCAUAUUUACAGACAAUUCGACCCAAAACACUUAUAGAAGAAACCUUAUUAAAGCAUGAUGUUAUUAGCAAAUUAGAUCCAAUUCCAUUUGUAACAAUUGCGGAAAGAACUACUUCGCAAAUUAGCAACAUAAAAUAUUUCUUUGUGAGGCAAGAAAUUGUUAAAAUUUCACUUGAAACUUAUGAUUGUAUUAAAGCUUCAUCGGAUUUUGAACAAGCUGUAAAGGAUGCUCUCGAUAAUAUUAAGCCUUAUCAAAAGCUUCAGCAAGUGUUUAAUGAUUUUGGACAUUUUUUGCCACAGACAAUAAUUUUGGGCAGACAACUUAAAGAAAUGUUACCAAAUCCCAUGAAGUCAGAUUCACCAGACGAUGAUAAGAUCCAGAUUGUAGCUUCAUCACAAGAUGAUAUUGAUGAAGCGUUUGAACAAAUAAAAGAAUCGAAUUGUAAGAAUUUAUUAGGAUCAGAUGGAAAGAUUAGAAAACAAAAUAAAAUUUAUGAUUGGCUUAAAUUAAAUGAGAAUGAUGAUAAAUUAGUGGAUAAUAUCCGAAUACAAAAUAUUCGCCCACUGUACGAAAUUCUUGAAGAAGAAUUGCGACAUGAAGUUGAGAUAAUUUGGAAGAAUAGAUUAGAUAACAGAAUAUUGUUAACAGGUUUCACUAACAUUAGUAAAGAUAACCUUACUGAAGUUAACUUUACUGAGGCACAUAUUCGUAUUGAUUUUAAAGAUCGUUUAGAUGAUAAUUGCUUUCAUGUUUUUGGACAUGUUGUCAAUGAUGAUCAUGAUAAGUUAGAAGGAAUAGUUGUGAGAUUUGAUUUAUUUGAUUAUUAUGGAUUCUCUGCAUUUGUUACUUUUAAUCAAA